AUGGUGAAAUCUGAGUUCACAAGUUUAUCGAGAAACGCAGAACACAUGAGUGUCGGUUCGAAUUGCCCAUCAUGGAACCGUCAUGCUACAUCGGCAGUUCAGACACGCCUCUACCACUCGACGGGAUCUACACCAGCUGAAGAUGAUCGAAUCAGUGCACCUAGAGCUGCCAAGGCAGUGGGUCUACUUCCUACAUAUUUGGCCGAUGCGCGAGCUGUGGAACAGUAUUCACUAUCGACUCCCAAUGGAGCUCUUCAACUGAGUGUGGCUGAAAACCAGCUGCUAGAGGAUUUGCUUGUGCCAUCAUUGACAGAGUUUUCGUCAACGCUAGCGUUCCCAGCAGACGCAAUCUACUACCAGCCUACGCAGGGCCGAGAAUCGUUUCGAAAAGCAAUGGCAGCGUAUCUUGAAGAUAUGUUAAAGCUGAGUAAACCAAUGGACGCAGAUGGAAUUGUGGUGGGAGCCGGUUGCAAUGCGGUCUUGGAAAAUCUUUGCAUCUCUUUGGCUGAGCCUGGUGAAGGAGUCAUGAUUCCGACGCCAUAUUAUGCUGCAUUCGAGUUCGACCUUGUUGCACGAGCCGGCUUAUCUAUUUCUCCCGUGACAACGAUGGAGUAUCAAGAUUUUGAUAGAGAGAGUAACAUCAUCCCUCACGAAGCGUACUAUCCCAAUCGGGCCUCUCUUGACGCGGCCGUGAAAAUGUCACUCGCGAAUGGCGUGAAUCCUAGAAUCCUUUUGCUGAGUCACCCUCAGAAUCCCCUUGGAAUCUGUUACCCACCAGAGGUUGUCAGCGAAAUCAUAGACUGGUGUAGAGAGAAAAAGAUCCACUUGAUUACCGAUGAAAUCUACGCUGGCAGUGUAUACCGUGAUGAUGCCAAUUUUGUUUCCGUUCUCGAGUUGGCCUCUACUGGAGAUGGCGAAGCGUUGGGACUUGGCCCUUACAUUCAUUUGGUAUAUGCUCUGUCCAAGGACUUUGCUCUCUCCGGUUUACGUGUGGGCGCGUUGUACUCAGAAAACCCAAAAAUUCGGGUCCCACUUCAAAAGUUGAAUGACUUGUGCUGUAUCUCGUCUCAUACACAGCUUUUGGUGGAGAAAAUGCUGACAACAGCCUCCGAUGACCCAAAUGUUUCUUGGACUCAGGGAUUUCGCGCAACGAGCCACGAGCGAUUGAGGAAACGCGGUGAUGCGUGGCACAGCACUCUUGACGAGCUUGGUAUUCCAUACCUAAAGGGAACAGCAGGUCUAUUCGUUUGGAUGGACUUUCAAGAAUUUUUGCCAGCGAUGGGUUCUGAUGACGAACGCGAACGAAAGCUAUACUUGGAGCUCUUGAAGGAAUUUGGUCUCUUGUUCACACCUGGAAGUAGCAUGAAGAACGAAAAACCUGGUUUCUUUAGAUGCGUGUUCACUGCUGCCAGCAACGAAGAGUUUGACCUUGGUAUGAAGCGACUGAAAAAGUACGUUCAUGCCAAGCGUUCUUAG